AUGGCUCAAGACUCGCAUAAUCAAGGACAUCUCCUCAUUCAUCCCUUUGGCGGUUGGGGCCAUAUCAAGCCUCAGUGCAACUUUGCGGCGCGCAUUGCAAAAGCCAAGAAUACGGGGGUCACUUUCCUCAUAUCGCCAACUUACUACAACAAGACUCAGCAGGAGCUCUCGCGCCACUUUGAGAGCGGGGACGAACGAUCCAAGCUUAUCAGACUUAUCGGCCUCAGAGAGGACGUUACAGUGUCAAGCAUCGAGAGAGGAGACCCCGUAUUUGCGGAGGUGUACACGUCUAUUGUGGAGACGGGCUCCCUGACGUGUUCCGUCUCGAAGACGGUAUUUGACGGUCUGUCUCAGCCAGAUACCGCUAUCGUCGACUUUUACGGUUACGGUCCGCUUCAAGUAAUUCGUAGUGCGAGUCGUACACCGGUGAAAGUCCUCGUUUGGAAUGGCGGGGCUCUGUCAUUCAUACUCCGAGUGUUUGGUCCGAUAACCGAGAAAGGGAUUGAUCAUUGGCAGGAGAUGGUCGGAACAAAGGCCGCAGUAACCGGGAUGGAUUUUGUCGAGGCCGCAAACGACAUCCUGACGGGAGACCAUGGGACUAUCGUUGAAGUUCCCGGAAUGCCAAAGAUGUAUGACUGGGAGUUUUUCCCUCAGCCGUUACCACCUUAUCCAAUGGGGCUUGUAGCUAUUCAGAUACUGCUGCGCGCAUGCGAUGGUGUUAUACAUAUCACAGCAGAAGAAUACGAACCCGUAUACGCCGCUGCCUUCGAUAAGUGGUUGGGGCCAGAACGAAAAAGCUAUGUUCUUGGACCUUUGCUCGCGGAUUCCAAGGGCGAAGCAGCUAAAGCCGGCGAACUGGUUCAAUCCGCUAAAGCGAAGGAAAUUCAAGAGUUUCUGAACAAGAACCUGGACACUCAUGGUGUCAGGUCCGUCCUCUAUGUUUCAUUCGGAUCGACAUCGUGGCCCGCCGAACCUGAGAAAUUAUGGGCUUUCCUGGACGUUGCCAUGGAGCUCAAUAUCCCCUUUAUCCUGAGUCAUAACUCUCCUCAAGCCGUGAUUCCACCCGACUUCGUUACAAAGGCCGAGACUUCCGGGUUGGGCAUUCUCUCAAAAUGGUCGCCACAGCAAGUUAUCUUAGACCAUGAGGCUACCGGAUGGUUCCUGUCUCAUUGCGGGCACAAUUCGUGUUUGGAGUCGCUGAGCUCUGGUGUUCCCAUAAUCGGGUGGCCGUAUGCGAUCGACCAUGUAACAGGCGCGGUGCAUGUCAGCACCGUGCUCAACGUUGGAUAUGAGCUCCUCGAAGUGCGAAGCGGGACGAUGGGCCUUAAAACCGUAUACCGAACCGGCAUUGCACCAGAAGGCACUGUGGACGCCGUCAGACGCGAGGCAAGAGAAGUCUUGCAGCUCGCGAAAGGACGCGAUGGCGAGGCCAAGAGGCAGAAUGCUCUGAAGCUCAAGGCGAAGCUGGCUGAAGCUUGGACGGAACACGGGCCCGCUUUCAAGGCAUUCCAGCAACUUCUCGCUGAUCUGAGUGCAGCUUGA